GUGAGGGAGCGGAGCUGGCGGAAGCGCCCAGGUAGCUGCGGGAUGGACCGCAGUCUGCCAAUUUUCUCCAUCCAAGACAGCCCCUUUGAGGAUACUCCCCUGGAUCAAAGCCACUACUGGCCAUCCCAAAGCCAGACCUGGCACCCCAAGACCCUGAGCCCAUCCAGGUCCCGGGGGUCCAGGCCCCCAGAAACUCCCAAGGCUCUGACCACAGGUCCCAACUCCUCUGAACUGUUUGAAGAGUCCUGGCCGUCCAGCUCAGGAACCCCUUCCCCACCCAGCACCACGGAAGGACAGAUGGGAGCCUCCCAACCACCCACCCUGGUUGACAGCAGGGAGUCUGUGGUGGCCAAGUACAUAAACCGGUUCCGCCAGGCUCAGCCCACAAGCCGAGAGGAACGCCAGCCUGCAGGCCCAACCCCAGCUGACUUUUGGUGGCUACGGCCUGGAUCUCCAGACACCCCCAGUCAACUUGCAGCAGCAGGAGCCAGGGAACCAGAAGGAAGACCCAACACAGCAGUCCCAACUCUUGCAAAGGUGGCCAGCGCAUCUCAGGCUAAGGCUGUGGCUCCCCUUAAGGAAAUGAAGCAGAGCCUCAACACAUGGAACUCAUCUCUGCUGGACCUGGAGACACUGAGCCUGCAGAGCAGAGCUGCCAGGCUGCUCAAACGCAGCAAGGCCUCCAUUUCCUCCUCCUCACUCAGCCCUAGCGAUACCAGCAGCUCCUCAUUCCCCGUCAGCUCUGAUGGGCUCUCUCCCUUCUCCGCGACCUUCACCCCUGACUCCAGCAAGGGCUCUGACCCCAAGGCACAUGUAACACCAGCACCUGCCCCCAUCCCUGCUCCAGCCCCGGCCUCCUCCCAGGCACCCCUGCGUCCAGAGGAUGAUAUUCUAUACCAGUGGCGGCAGCGGCGGAAGCUUGAACGGGCUCGAGGAGGGCAGGGUGAUGGAACCUGGGUACUACCCCGGACUCCUUCCCUCACCACUCUAUCUGGUCCCUGGGUAUCUCUCGGGGCCAUUCCUCCCACGCCCUCUACCCCUGCGCCUCCGGCUGCCACCUCGGCACCCGCAGCCUCCACCCUCCCGCCCCCAGCCGCCCCCCAGGAUCCGCCCACUCCUGUUCCAAGCAGCCGGGCGCAGCCCGAGAAGCAGGGCCCCAAGCCUCGGAGUAGGGGAGCCCCGCGCCAGGAGUCCGCUGGGACAGUCGUGGCAGCUGACGAGGGGCCUGGCCCGCAGCUCAGAGGCGCCCUGGGCCAAGUAGUAUCCGCUCGGCUCUUCCCGGACAGCCUGGAGGACACGCCCCCUCACCUUGAGGGCCCACCUCUGCCCGAGGCUGGAUCUCUGAAAGUCAAGGCCACACACCCCCAAACCAAGAUUGCGCCAUCUCGCUCAGAGGUCACUCCCCCUCCAUCUGGAUCACGAUUUCCCAAAGCACAGACUCCGCCAAAUCGGUCUAAAGCCGAGUCUCGGAAAGCUCAGGCCACGCUCCCCCUAGCGGUGUGGGAGCCUCGGAAAGACAAAGACACUCCCUUGGCCGAAGCUGGGUAUCCGCCGCCCAAGGUCCUGCCCCCUCCAGCUGAGGAGGCGUCCACUGGCCCCGAGGCCCCGCCCCCUUCCCCCAAGGCGGGGCCUCUCGAGGAGGUGGCUACGCCCCCGACCGCUGCUGAGCACGCCCCCUCAGGAGAUCUGCUCUGCCAGGCUGCCCGACUUCUGGAGGCGGCAGAAGACUCUGACGGCAGCGAGUUCCAGGACGACCCGGUACUUCAGUUGCUAAGAGUUCAGAGGGCCGAGCUGAGACGGCAGAAAAGGGAAGUGGACGCCCAACUAUCCCUCUUACUGGAGCACACUGAAGACUCAGGGACUUGGUCUCCUCCAACCAGGUCGCCCCCCAGGUCCCCAGGAAGGCGGCCGCAGAGGGGAGGAGCUUCUCUUGAGAACAGAUGGCGCUGA